AGAAGGAGAAAAAAAAACACACAACCCUCCUGCGGCUGCCAGCAUAUCUACGCUGGAUGUAAUGCUGAGAGGAACGAAAGUCUCGCCGCUACGGUUCAUUAAUAAACAAGCCAACACCAGGUUGUCAAGAUACCACCGAUUACGACGGAAAACGCUUUUUCUGGCGGGGAUUUACCGCUGAGGCAUCGGAUGGAUGAUGAGGAGGAAGACAUGUCACAGCCCAUCCCGCAUCUCUGGCAAAUGCCCUUCAGGGACGUUAAAUACGAAGACCGAGCGACACAGAUCACAACCGGACAGGCCCUCGCCGCCGUCACGUCCGCCGUGGCCACGCCGCAGGGCCACAACAACAACAGCAUUAACACGUUGCCCUGCGGCAUUCACCGGCAGCCGCACUUACCUUUCAACGGCAACGCUGGAUUGCAUUUCCUUGCUCCGUUUGAGCCCAUGGAGAACUGGGGGGAGAGGCAGCUCGAGAACGAGGAGGAAGAGGAUAGAGGGGAGGGUAACGAUAGGAUGGCGGAGAGGCCCGAGGAGCAGCCGGGGAUGAGUGUCGAGGUGCAAAUUGGCCGUAAACUUCGAGAGAUCGGAGACAAGUUCAACCAGGAUCACGUUGAACUGUUCAUGAGGCGCCAGAGACAAAACCUGCCUGCGUGGAUGCGCCUUACGAUGGCCCUUUUUGGCUUUUUGUUUCCAAGACAGGCUUUCAUCCCCCGCCUGAGAGGAGAGCAGAGGUGAAGGGACUUCCUGCUGGCCUUCACCCUGACCGCUUUUGUUCUCCGAAGGGAACUGAGGGAACGGACUUUAAGAGAUGGCACUGUAUGAUGGAACACGGGUUUGGAUUUUUUUUUUUUUACUCUAAUUAAAUAUGAAGAUGAAGAGGACCUUCUCUCCGCUGGACGGAGACUCGUUGCUGAGGUGUUUUUUUUUCCCCUCUCCA